GAGAAUCUUGGAAAAUAUGGGCCGCCUCGUCGCCGACUACUCCAUCCCUUUUUCCGUGCCUUGCCUCUCCUUCACCUCCGCCGCCGCCUCCUGGACCGCUCUCAUCUCCGCGCGCUCUGACGAUCAUGCUGCUGCAUUCCGCCUCUUCAUCUCCAUGCUACGCCGCCCUAAGCCUCCAUCCCAGGCCAACCUCUCCGCCCUUCUCAAAUCUGUCUCUUCCUGUCUGCCUUCCAGCCUCUUCUCCGGCCUCCAGAUCCACGCGCUCGCCAUCAAGCUCUCCCUCUCUCGCCUUCCCUUUGCCGGCUCCGCCCUCGUCCACUUUUACUCAAAAGCGCGGCUCCCUCGUGACGCCCAUAAUGUGUUCGAAGAAAUUUCUAACCGAGACGAUGUCUGUUACGGUGCGUUGAUUGUUGGCCUCGCCCAGAACCAAUGCGCCACUAGUUCUCUCAGAGCCUUCGCCGCAAUGAGGUCUGAUGUCGAUGUGUCAACGACCACGUAUAGCUUAUCUGGUGCUUUCCGUGCGGCUGCUCACUUAGCAGCGCUAGAGCAAUCUAGGAUCAUUCACGCACAUGCUGUUGUCGCUGGGCUGGACACUAAUGCGGUGGUCGGCACUGCCCUGAUUGAUGCUUAUGGGAAAUCCGGUAUCACUGGUGAUGCUCGGAGGGUGUUUGAUGGAAUGCUCACGGAUGCUAAUCUCGUUAUGUGGAAUGCAAUGCUAAGCGUAUAUGCGCAACAAGGGAACACUGAGAGGUCAGUGGAAUUGUUCAAUGAGAUUCUGAGACGAGACUUCCAACCUGAUGAAUACUCCUUUCUUGGGGUUCUGACUGCAUGUAGCAAUGCUGGGUUACCAGAUGAGGCCAAGAGAUGGAUUGAUUGCAUGAACACUCGCUUUGGGGUAGUGCCAGGAAUUGAACACUACACAUGCUUACUUGGUGCGCUGUCCCGUGUGGGCCGUCUAGUGGAUGCUGAACAGCUUGCUUUAACAAUGCCUUGUGAGCCUGAUGCAGCAUUCUGGCGAACUCUGCUAUCUGGUGCUGUGGUCCAUGGUGCAACUGAUGUGGCUGCAGCUGUUGGCCAGCGUCUCCUAGAGCUUGAUCCCAAAGAUGACUCAGCCUAUGUCAUGCUAGCUAAUCUAUAUUCAUCGGUGGGCAAAAUGGACGAGACUGCUGAAAUGUGGAAAAAUAUGAGGGACCAUGGAGUGAAGAAGGAAGGUGGACGGAGUUGGAUUGAAGUGAGGGGAGAGGUGCAUGCGUUUAUUGCAGGGGAUAGGAAGCAUGAAAGGAUGGCAGAUAUUUAUGCCAAGAUCACGGAGUUGAUGGAGGAGGUAGGCAAACUGGGUUAUAAUGAGAUGGAUGAGAGACUUUGGUACCACAGUGAGAGACUAGCAGUGGCAUUUGGAUUGGCAAGUGGAUCAGCUCCCAAGGGGAAACCACUGAGAGUAGUGAAGAAUUUGAGGAUAUGUAGUGAUUGCCAUGAAUAUUUCAAGUACGUAAGUAGGGUGAUUGAGAGGGAGAUUGUGGUGAGAGAUGCUAAUAGGUACCAUACUUUUCAGGAUGGAUGUUGCACUUGCAAGGAUUACUGGUGAAUUGACUUCAGCUGUCACACUGGAAAGUGAUACCAGCAUUCUUCAUCACCAACAUCAGAUAUGUCUGCUAGGCUCCUCAAAGUUGCAGUUCUCUCUGUUUGCAAAUAGAUUUGUAACAUGAUGACUACCUCAAGAGCUUUGAGACUCGAUACAUUCUGUGUGCUGGAGAUAUGUAGGGGUUCAUGUGGAUAUGGGACCUUUCCUUUCCAGUUCUCCAUGAACUUGAGAUGCAGUAAUCUGGCAGAUGCUGCUCAUGGAUAGCAGCAGCUCCUGGAAAUUGAUCCUAGAGAUCAUUGAUUGAUUCUGUUUACUAAUUAGGAAUAAAAUUAGGGUUUAAAUUAUUUUAUGACUUCAAGUUUAGACAGUUGUUAAUGGUGUUUGAAUUAUUUAUGGGUUUAAGUUUUAGAAUUUGUCAAAAAAACACAAUUGUAAACCAGGUAAAUCUUAGCCUGGUAUAAAAGGGGUUAUAUCCCUCAUGUAAGAAGAUUCUUUAAUUCAAUAAAAAAAAUCUGUUCUUCGUUA